CGUGCACGUCCCUGUAGACAGUGAAAUCCUGAUUCAAUGGCGGAAAUUCCUGCAGGAAAAGUUGCAAUUCCCGCCUUGGCAACAACAGCCUACACCACAAAGCUGCCCAAGAGGAGGAAGACGGACCUAACGAGAAGAACGGCCAAGAGAGAGUCGGACUACAGGCGCAAUAAAACGCGCGUGAAUAUCGGUGAAGCCUUUCAGAGAUGGAGAGAACUUCGCAAAUGUCUCGGCCUCAGUUUGGACUCGGAGCUUGCCGUCCUUCUCCUGGACAGUUAUCUUCGGACAAAGUCGGAGAGUCGACCUGAACGACCAACCGUUAAAAGAAGUUCCUCUACUGAGACCUGUGAGAGUGUGCACAUUUACCCACUCGUGAUGAAUCCACCAGUCGAAUAUGAGCCGGAAGCUUAUCCUGCUGCUUCUGUCCACUCACCUGAGAAUGGGAAGGAGUCAGGGGAAAAAGAUGGUGCUUGUCAAAGACUGAACAGUCAAGAUGAGGAGACGAGAUGGACGACAAGCAACCCGUCAGAAAAUAAAGAAAAUAGAGAUAUUCAAGAAGACAAGAAUGAAGAAUUCAGCACCUCAUUAAGCGUGGGAGACGGGCACUACCUGGUGGAUUUGGGAAGCUCGUCAGAGUUCAUCGUCGAUGAAGAGUGCAUCCUUCAGCUGUUCAGGUCAUGCCGGGAAUGCAACAGACAAUGUACGGUUAGAAAACGUGUGAAAGGACUAAAGCUUGUGGUUUCCCAGGCGUGCUGUUUCUGUGAAAGCCGCUAUAAAUGGACUAACCUGCCAGAUGACGACGAUGAUUUCCAGAUCAAUGGAAACGAUGCGGCACACGGACAGAUCAACUCGGCACUGUCGCCAAGCAGUAAUACUAGCUGAGACACAACCAUGUCUGAAAUGACGCUCCAAGUGGACAGUGGUUGUACUGAGACAAACCUGUGACGGGUCUGGGCAGCUGUGGUUACUCUGCUGCCUCUGUGGAGUUUGGCUGUGUUUCUCUGAAAUAUCACACAGCUGUCACCAACUUCUGUUUGUGUUUAUUUCCUGCUAUCAGGAAGUAAACAUGAGCCAUCUGAUGCUAGCGAGAGGCUUGCAGCAUUUGUCUGUGAACAUCAUGCAUACCAGUGAGAGAAUACUUGGUUUUGAGUGACAGGUGAGAGAGUUUUAGUGGACAGUCAAAUUGCCGUUGGUGCAAAACACCAGAUACAGCCGAACACUAACGGCAGAGAUGGUUCCCUGAAGAAAGCUGGACUGUUCUUUGGCUUUCCAGGGAAAACUUUUCAGAUUUCUUACUUCAAGAAGUUAUUGAUAUAUUGAUCCUUUCCCAUCCUUGUGCCAAUAUGCACAAUACACAUUUGUUCAAAUGAGGAUUGUUGACAUGUGUUCAAGCAAUAUUGAACAAUGCUGAAAUUACUCACUUUUCAUUGUUAAUAACUAAAUUCAAGCCUCCAUUUACACCUUCCAUUAACUGUCUGUGUCUGGAUAUCACUAAAUGUUGUCUCCCUGCUGGCUUAAGCAAGCCCAGUGAACAGUAGCAGCAGGUGAGGCCAGCUCAAUAAAGAUACUGAGAUCUGAUCAUGUGGGCAGAAUGAGUUAACAACACUAAUACUAAUUGUUGUCAUCCAGAUACAGAUCAUGUGUAUAACCUGGUGUAAACGAGGCCCACAUACUCCACUCAUGAGCCAAGAUAAUAAAAAAAGAUAACAAUUUUGGUUUUCCUGUCCACGUCAUUCAUUAUUUAAUCAGAACACCUUUUUUGAUCAUUUGAGCCCCAGCUACAGCUCAACACAAACUAGCAUUUAGUGCAGGUCAAACUUGCAGAGCUUUUUUUCCCCAGACAAUUUUCCCUCUUCGAUAAAGAAUUGAUUUGAUAUAAACACCUCAUGAAUUUAAAUUUUCCACCUUCAUUCUCCACCUGGAUCUGCCUCAUUACAGGAUUUUGUUCAGUGAAGUCAAUAAAAUACCAAAACA